CAGAGCGCACCCAGCCGGCGCUGCGCAGCACUGGGACCCUGCUCGCCCUGCAGCCUCGCCAGCCUGCUCCGCACCCGCCUACCGGUCUGUCCGCCGACCCGCGCGCCCUCGCUGCCGCCUGUCUGCGCCCCUCAACCCCAGCGGCACCAUGCACCUCUCCCAGCUGCUGGCCUGCGCCCUGCUGCUCACGCUGCUCUCACUCCGGCCCUCCGAAGCCAAGCCCGGGGCGCAGCCGAAGGUCCCGCGAACCCCGCCGGGAGAGGAGCUGGCGGAGCCCCAGGCUGCGGGCGGCUGUCAGAAGAAGGGCGACAAGGCUCCCGGGGGCGGGGGCGCCAACCUCAAGGGCGAUCGGUCGCGACUGCUCCGUGACCUGCGCGCGGACACCAAGUCGCGGGCAGCGUGGGGACGUCAUGUGCAGGAGCACCCCAACGCGCGCAAACACAAAGCAUCCAACAAGAAGAACUUGUCCAAGGGCUGCUUCGGCCUCAAGCUGGACCGAAUCGGCUCCAUGAGCGGCCUGGGAUGUUAGUGCGGCGCCCCCUGGCGGCGGACUGGAAACUGGCUCCGUUGUGCUGAGGUCAUCUUUGGUCAUCAGCCUUCAGCAUCUGGAAACACCUCCAACGCAAUGUGGCUUUGACAUUUCUUUCUUUCUUUCUUUUUUUCCUGGUACUGGGGAUACACAAUACCAGCUGUUUUAUUAUUAUUUGGGGAGGGGGUUGUGAUUUUAUUGUUUUUUUUUAAAUGAAAAAUAAAAAGUUAUAUAUUAUAUAUAUAUUAUAUACAUGAAACACACACACCUACACCGACUCGAUGACAAGGGACAGUUUUUAAGAGACUGACAGAACCAGCUGUAAAACAUUGCUGUUUGUAAAUUCAUGUCAUGCAUAAAUGUAUUUAUGUUGUAAAGCUAUUUAUAUUGUUUAUAAAGAUAUAUUUAUAAAAAUUUUAUUUAUGUAACUAAAUGAAAGAAGUCAAUCAUUGUAAUGUUUUUGUCCUAACUAGUUGAAAAAAUGUAAAAAAAAAGUCAUUCCAUGAAUAUCUUGAAAAC